GUCAAUGAUAUCAUCCGUCCAGAGUCAAACCUCAGUGCUUAUCAGACAGUGCGUUUUCACCAUGAGUGGGUGCCCAUUUUUAGGAAACAACUUUGGAUGUGCUUUUAAAAAAUUAUCCAUAGACGGCAAUGAAGACGACAAAUCACAAACCGGUGUGAACAGAGCCAGCAAAGGAGGACUUAUCUAUGGAAACUACCUGCAUUUGGAAAAGGUUUUGAAUGCACAGGAACUUCAAAGUGAAAUAAAAGGAAAUAAAAUCCAUGAUGAACAUCUAUUUAUCAUAACUCAUCAAGCUUAUGAACUCUGGUUUAAGCAAAUCCUCUGGGAAUUAGAUUCUGUUCGAGAGAUCUUUCAGAAUGGCCAUGUCAGGGAUGAAAGGAACAUGCUGAAGGUUGUCACUCGGAUGCACCGGGUGGCAGUGAUCCUGAAACUACUGGUGCAGCAGUUUUCCGUUCUGGAAACCAUGACAGCCUUGGACUUCAACGACUUCAGAGAGUACUUAUCUCCAGCAUCAGGCUUCCAGAGUUUGCAAUUCCGACUCUUAGAAAACAAGAUAGGUGUCCUUCAGAGUUUGAGGGUCCCUUACAACAGAAGACAUUAUCGUGAUAACUUCAAAGGAGAAGAUAAUGAACUGCUACUUAAGUCGGAGCAGGAGAAAACACUACUGCAGCUAGUGCAGGCAUGGCUGGAAAGAACACCAGGUUUAGAGCCACAUGGAUUUAACUUCUGGGGAAAGUUUGAAAAGAACACUGUCAAGGGCCUGGAAGAAGAAUUCACAAGAAUUCAGGCUAAGGAAGAGUCAGAGGAAAAAGAGGAACAAAUGGCUGAAUUUCAGAAACAAAAAGAGGUGUUACUCUCCUUAUUUGAUGAGAAACGUCAUGAACAUCUCUAUAGUAAAGGUGAAAGACGACUGUCAUACAGAGCACUUCAGGGGGCCUUGAUGAUAUAUUUUUACAGGGAAGAGCCUAGAUUCCAGGUGCCUUUUCAGUUGUUGACUUCUCUCAUGGACAUAGACACACUCAUGACUAAAUGGAGAUAUAACCAUGUGUGCAUGGUGCACAGAAUGCUGGGCAGCAAAGCUGGCACUGGUGGGUCCUCUGGCUAUCAGUACCUGCGCUCAACAGUGAGUGACAGAUACAAGGUAUUCGUAGAUUUAUUUAAUCUUUCCACAUAUCUGGUUCCCCGACACUGGAUACCGAAGAUGAACCCAAUUAUUCACAAGUUCCUUUACACGGCUGAAUACUGUGACAGCUCUUACUUCAGCAGUGAUGAAUCAGAUUAAAAUAAUCUGCAAAAAUCUAUGAAGACAUCGAUUUCUCAGCCUGCAUUUUUUAAAUUUUUCUAUGAAUUUUCAUGAUACAAAGAGUCCUACUGUAAUAUAUGUAUAUACAUAGGUAAGCACUGUGGUGCUCUGACUCAAUCCUGUAAAUAAUUUUAUUGACUCAUUUUUGUGAUAAUAGAAGACUAAACAUUAAGAUAGGCAAUCAACUGAAUUGUAACAUUGUACAUAGAAGAUUUUCCUAUUAAAAAGUCAGUGUUCCCUGAUACUUACCUUAAUACAACCAUUUAACACAA